AUGUCGGUCCUUUUUGCAAUCGGAUCUAACGGAUCUGGCCAACUCGGAAUCGGCCACAAAGAAGAUGUGUCAGUCCCCAAGCAAGCUAUUUUUUACCCCGACGAGCCAGAGUCUCCCGUGGUCAAGGUCGCUGCUGGAGGAAAUCACACCUUGCUUCUGACUGAGGGCGGACAGCUCUGGUGGAGCGGGGAUGCCACGAGCGGGGCGUGCGGUCUGACUUCGACGGCCGAGACUCAGGAACCUGUCUUCCAGAAGAUUCAGCUGAGCAAGGACGGCGGGGAGAACAAUGCAACGACUGCCCUUGUUGCUGCCACCUGGGAAGCUUCGGUAAUUGUCCAAAAGGAUGGCGAGGGCAAGGCGACACGAGUGUACAGCUUUGGUGCAGGAUUGAAGGGUGAACUCGGCUUGGGGGAGUUGCUUGUCCGUUCGCCAUCCGCUACGCUGUUCAAGGAAUUCCCACAGGCGGGCACUGAAGUCGUGGAUUUGGCAGGCUGCAUGGGACAUGUCAUCGCGGUCUUGAGCAACGGGGAGGCGUAUGGGUGGGGUAACGUGCGCAAAGGCCAGGCUGGAAGCCCUGAGGCUGUCGUUCACUCGCCCAGGAAGAUCGAGGGCGUGGAUUUCAAAGUUACUCGGGCCGUCUGCGGAAAGGACUUCACCUGCUUGUUCGGCGCACCUGAUUCAGGCAAGCUGCUCGUCCUCGGAUCCGACAAAUGGAGCAUCAAGUCAUCAGCCCCUGAAUCUGUGCCGGAGUGGCAAGACGUCGGAGCAAGCUGGGGCAACGUCUACGUGUUGAAGAAGGACGGGGAGCUCCUUGCUUGGGGACGAGACGACCAUGGACAGCUACCGCCGCCGAGUCUUCCCAAGCUGAGCAAGAUUGCCAUCGGAAGCGAGCAUGUCAUUGCUUUCACAGACAAGGGCGAUGUGCUUGCGUGGGGAUGGGGAGAGCAUGGGAACUGCGGCCCGCAGGUCGAGAACAACGACGUCAAGGGACGAUGGAAUGUCAUCGCAUCAUCAAGGUUCAUUCCCCCCGGAUCGAAGAUUACGGGUAUCGGCGCAGGCUGCGCUACUAGCUGGGUGACUAUCACUACCGGUUGA